AGGCAACCGCAGAAGCAGGGGCCUUUCUUUGCCGUCCCCCCCCCCCUCUCUCUCUCCGGCGUUUGAAGGUGCUCUCUCUCUCUACCUCUGCCCUAACGAUUUCGCCGUAGCGCAGUUUAAACACACGCAAUCGUUGCUUACCUUAUAAACAAAAACUCCUCCCCUUCCUAAUUAUUCCCCCUCCCCCCUUUUAACGAUAUUUUUGGACUGGAAUCUGUGCACGCGCGCAAAUUCGCACACUCGCUCCUCGUUUUGCUCCAACUGGCGAAUAAAUUGAGUCCAGCUUUAGAUUCGAUUGCAUAGCCAUUGCGACGAAGGCGAGCUCUGGUCCCGUUCGCUACCUCGAGCUGUUGUUUUAGAUACCAUAAUGGAUAGCAAAGAUGUAGAAAUGGAGGACAUCCAAAAGCCUGAUUCAGGAUAUGACAUUAAAGAAACCAAUGAUAAAGUGCUCGACUCUAAGAUUGAAUUGAAAGACGAUGACCUUCCGUCUGCAGUCACUGUUGCAGAGAAUGCAAAUCAAAGCGAAAAUGGUGAUGAAGACUUAAAUAAGUUGAGUAGUGAAGAAAAGGAUCAGAUAACUGCCAUGAGUGAAAUGGAAGCUCAAACUAACCAUGAAAGAAAGACUAAUGAGCCAAUGUCGGUAGAGGGUGUUGAACCAACAAGCGAGCAAAUUGAUACUGAAAGUAAGAAUGAAGAGGGAAUUGAAAUUGAGGCUAAUGCGGAAGUGCAAACUGCUUCUCGGAGUAUAGCCGACAAACUAACUGAUGUGAAGAAUGAUGUGGUUGAGGAAAGUGAUGCUAAGGAUGGGUUGAUAGAGGAAAAGCCCGUGGAGAAUGAUGUGGAAAGUGCAAUUCCUGUAAAAAAUGUGGAGGGAGAUUCCAGUGGCCAUGUUGCAGUGGAAAAGCCCAAAAAUAAUGGGGAGACUGAAGAAUGUGUUAAAAAUGUUGCACAAAUAGAAAUUGCAGAUGACAAUGUUGCAAAAAUAGAAAUGGCAUAUGAAAAUGUGGAUAGUGGGGGUGGUUCUAGAGAAAUUAAUAAACUUGAAACUGGAUUAUCUUCAAACGAGGCUCCUCAGGUCCAAAGCGUUACACCAGUUGAGGUUCCACAGAGUGUGGACAAAGAGAUGGAAGAUGCAGCUAAUGCAAAUGAGGAUAAAGUAGUUAAUGAUGAACCAAAACAACAGGGUAAGGAAGUUCUUAUUGCUGGCCCUGCAACUGAUGGGAAUACCAAGAGUGUGGAAACUGUUACUAGACCUGAAGGGAAUGAUUCUUCUCUAACAAAUCAGCAUGAAGUUUCUACACCCAAUUCCAUUGUCAGAUACUUGCCGACAAAUAUGGGGGCCCAUAGCGGAGAAGCAGACAAGACUGUUUAUAGUCAAGCCACACUACCUCUGAUGGCAGAGGGUGAUGAUGGAACCCCAGAAGACCAAGCAGCAUUCAUAAGGGAACUUGAAAGUUUUUAUCGUGAGAAGGCAACAGACUUUAAACCACCAAAAUUUUAUGGCCAACCAUUAAAUUGCCUCAAGUUAUGGAGAGCUGUGAUUAGAUUGGGAGGUUAUGACAGGGUUACUGGAUCCAAGUUGUGGCGACAGGUGGGAGAGUCAUUUCAUCCACCAAAGACCUGCACAACAGUUUCAUGGACAUUCCGCAUUUUCUAUGAGAAGUCUCUUUUAGAAUAUGAAAGGAAUAAGAGACAAAGUGGUGAUCUUCAACUCCCAGUAGCAAUGCUCCCUGAAGCUUCUGGUGCUGAUAGUGAGGGUAAUGGCUUUCAAGGAUCAGGAUCAGGAAGGGCUAGAAGAGAUGCUGCUGCUCGUGCUAUGCAAGGUUGGCAUGUCCAGCGCCUUUCUGGUUAUGGAGAAGUUGGUGAGCCUGUAAUAAAGGACAAGAACAUCAACAAUAUGGUGAAGCGUGAGAAAAACAUCAAAAGCAUUGCUUCUCUCAAACAAAAGAGACCAAAUGAGGUGGAGCUUCCAGUCAAGGCUAUUCGUGCUGAAACAUCAAAGCAGCUUGUGCCAUCAGUUGUUGAUGUGGGACCUCCGGCAGAUUGGGUUAAGAUCAACAUACGCCAAACGAGGGAUUGUUUUGAAGUUUAUGCGCUGGUCCCAGGUCUUCUUCGUGAAGAGGUACGUGUCCAGUCAGAUCCUGCCGGGAGAUUGGUCAUAACAGGUCAGCCUGAGCAAGUUGAUAAUCCCUGGGGCAUUACACCAUUCAAGAAGGUGGUCAGCCUACCAGCCAGGAUCAAUCCGCUCCAAACAUCAGCUGUUGUUAGCCUUCAUGGACGCCUCUUUGUUCGGGUUCCUUUCGAGUCGAAUAGUUAAAUCCGGAAGGUUCAUUUUAUUUAUAUAAUUUCUUCGAACUGUAGGCAAACCGAUGCCUACAAAAGCUGGCUAUGUGAAUGUGUAGCUUUGACCAUUACAUGUGCAUGAUUGUGUUUGCAGUUUAGAUGUAGAAGAGGUCUUUCACAGUUUAGUUCAAAGUUGGUAGUGAGCGAGUAGUAGUUCUACAGUGUAAGAAUUAUCAAAGGAUUUUCGAUUCAAUUCAUUAAAUCCACAUUUGCAUAA